UUCCCAGGUAAAGGGGACCUGGGCUCCCCCCAAGAGGGUGGGGAUAGAGAGCCUGGGGCCUGGAUGCCCGGAUGCAUGGCCUGGGGUGGGGACCCCCUUGGUGUUUCCUUCCUCUCAAUGCCCAUUCUGUGUGGGUUCCUGACUCUGCGGGUCCUUUCCUGCUGAAGACAAUUCUCUUCCUGUCCCAGCCUAGGGUUAGGGGGCUAAGCCCCAGGCUCUGCCAGUUUGGGCCUCAGCCUCAUGGGUGAAAUUGGCCUGCCACCCCCUGACUAGACGAGGGGGCUGAGGGUCAGGGUGGACAUGUGUCAUCCCCCUUGACCUUUGGAGGCCAGGACUGGGUGAGGGGCUGUACAGUGAGUCUCCCUCUGCCUGGGAGGAGGAAUUUGGACUGAGACAAUAGGGCCCUGUCUCUUCUGGCUUGGGGGUGGUGCCCCUCAGCCCCCAACAAAUGCCAUUAAGAGAUGGAGAGUUUUCCCCUUGGCGCCUUGGGCUGCCCCUGCCCUUCUGUGACGGCUGCUUUCUUUCCUCAGCUGGUCUGGCCUCCUUGGCCAUGACCUGCCCUUGCUUUGUUUCCCGCCCUCUCUCCCUGUCCUCACAUUAUCCCACAGUCUGUUAGGCUGAAGGGGGUGGGGUUCUGAUUGUUAUUAGAGCCGGGAACUUCUGGUUUGGGGUCCAUAAUUUGGGGGCCUCUGAAAGUUGUGUAGGACCUGCCGAGUGGCACUGAGCUGAAGAGAAGGUGAGGAAGGCAAGGCCUGACUAUUGAGCCAACCAGCCUGAGUCAGAGGAGCUAGUGGGAGUGGGCAGGACUGGGACGGAGGCUGCUGUGUGGUCCAGCCCCUUUGCAUCUUCUCAGCCAGAGGCCCACCCGCCAGUGUAAGCUGCCGCUGUGGCUGAGGCUGCUGCAGCUGCAGUCUCCUGGACAGGGGAAAACAGGUAGGAAGAGGAGAAGCAGGUAUGUAGGGAGAGGAAGUCAGUGGUGGCAUCACUUCACCUUCCGGUGCAGAUGAGGGAGGGAUGCUUCUGAGUGAAGGAUGUCUGGGGUGUGGGUGGUGUGGGAGAGCAGUGGUGGUCGAGACGUGUUCAGGAUGUUCAGGUUUGGCUGUAAGGUGUGUACACUUGUGAAAGUGACAUAUUCUAAGGCAUUGUGCAAGGGUUGUGUGGGAAGGCUGGCCAUGAGCACACGGAGUGGAUUAGGGUGAGCCUGUCUGGGGACUGAGGGAUCAUGAUGUACUGGCAGGACAUAUUGGUUAGAUGUGCAGGCCGCUGCAGACCAUGUGAGUGGCUCAGGAAAAGUCAAUGUCCUGACCUCAGGUUGCUUUAGGAGGGCUUCACCUAGAGAGCCAAAGAGAAGGGGAACUCCGGUAACCGCUCCUCCGCAGCCCUCAGAGGGAAAGAGCCAUGGGGCCCUGGGCUGAGCUGUGUGUUUUCCUACGGGGACUCUCAUUCAUCCUGGUACUGAUGACAGGCGAAGGAGCCAAAGGAAGAUCUUUCAAAGAAAGUUUGGGGGUGUGCUCCAAGCAGACGCUGCUGGUUCCGCUCCGUUACAACGAGUCCUACAGUCAACCGGUGUACAAACCCUACCUGACCCUGUGUGCUGGAAGGCGUGUGUGUAGCACCUACAGGACCACGUACCGUGCAGCCUGGCGGGAGGUGAGGCGGGAGGUACCACAGACACACGUCCUGUGCUGCCAGGGCUGGAAGAAGCCACACCCAGGAGCUCUCACUUGUGAAGCUAUCUGCUCCAAGCCUUGUCUUAAUGGAGGUGUCUGCACUGGACCAGACCAAUGCGAGUGUGCUCCAGGCUGGGGGGGAAAGCACUGCCAUGUGGAUGUGGAUGAAUGCAGGACCGGCCUUACCCUCUGCUCUCAUGGCUGUCUCAACACACUGGGCAGCUUCUUGUGUAGCUGUCCGCACUCCCUGGUGCUGGGUCCCGACGGACGCACCUGUGCAGGGGAGCCUCCCGAGUCCUCGACAAGUGCCAGCAUCCUCAGUGUGGCGGUUCGGGAGGCAGACGGUGAGGAGCGUGCCCUGAGCUGGGAGAUUGCAGACCUCCGUGGGCGUCUGGAGAGGCUGGAGCAGUGGGCCACGCAGGCUGGGGCCUGGGUUCGAGCGGUGCUGCCCGUGCCUCCUGAAGAACUGAGGCCUGAACAGGUGGCUGAGCUUUGGGGCCGGGGUGACAGGAUCGAGUCCCUCAGUGACCAGGUGCUGCUGCUGGAGGAGAGGCUGGGUGCCUGUGCUCGUGAAGACAAUAGCCUGGGGCCAAGCCUCCAUGGAUGAUGAGGAACGCCCACGGCAGCUGGGGUACCAGACUUACACAGAAGCUACGCCUACUAACCCAGGCUCAGAUCUGGGCAUCACCCACUGAGGUGCAACAGGCCGCAGAGGACCCCACAUCUCUCUUUCUCUUUAUUUUCAGUUGCUUGCUGUUAUCCAGAUAAUAAAAACCAACCACACAAAACUG